AAGAGCUUUAAAACCUGGAAGCAGAUUUUGAACUUGUUUUUAUCAGUGUUUAUCAAUUGUCGGUUGGGCCUACGGUAAUUUGAGAAUCUUUUAAUGCUAACAAGACUAAUGAGAACUUGACAGACUGGACGUCGAAGAAAAACGCUUCAACGGUAAUGAUCCACGCACCUAAUAGAGAAGGGACGUUUUAGGACAACGUUAUCUUUCGAACCAAAAAUCAAAAAUUCAACAACUCCAUUUACAAAGUAACACUCAUUGACGUUGGGAUGCAUAAGACAACUAGCAGACUGUAAUUAAAAACAACUAAUCUGAUAACAGUGUAGAUCACUACUGAAAUAUAAUUUAGAAAAAUGUCAUCGAGAUUAUUCUUUAAGAAAAAAAGAUAACAUGUAAGUAAUCUGAGUUCUCCUUAGCAGUUUAUACUGGCGAAUUGGUAAUAUGUUACUCGGUUCGACGAUUUCGUCUUCAGGCGCUCUCCGUAAUCUGAGUGGAUUUUUUUAUAACUUGCAUGAAAUUCAUGCAUCAAUGUUAGACACUUUUCUUGUUGUAAAUGUCUAGUAAGUAAACGAUAAUGUGUAAUUUUAGAUUACAAUUCUAAUAUCCAACAUUUUUUAAUUCCUAAGAUGACAGAAAUACCUCGAGCAGAACAACUUGAAUCGACCCAGAAUUUUUCUUACGAUAAUCACAUUCAGUCAACUAAUGGUGAGGAUGAUGUUUUCAAGCCUCCAUCACCGAUCCACAGAACGAUGAAGACUGGGGAGACCGUCUAUGACAAAUCAAAUUCCAAUACAAUGGAUUCUAUUGAUUUAAACGAUUUGGAUGGGUCUGUAGCUUUGGAUUACGUCUAUCAUAUUAACUGUCAGCAUCCAAGCGGUGAAACAGGAUUCAAGUCAUUAUGUAGUUCAGUUGGAUGGCCUCAACGCCCAAUGUUAGACAGAAUUAGUCAACUCGAUCCUAAUGUUCCUGUCACCUUUAUAUAUGGUUCUCGAUCAUGGAUGGAUCUAUCAUCAGGAUAUAGAACUCGUGUAUUACUUCCUAAUUCGUACGUAGAUGUAAAGGUAGGUAGCCACCUCGUCAUUUUUCCUUCACAAAUAAUCUUGACCACACACACCAUAGUGUUUGAUCAAAUACAUUAUCCUCUGAUUAUUAACACCCAGUUUGUAUUUUAGUGGCUCUUUGAUCUGACUCCAAUUCGAACGAACAAAUAUGCUUUCGUUUAGUUCUGUAUACUUCACGUAGCCUAACCCCGUUUGUACGAUGGUAAUAAAAAGCCAAAUGCGAAUUCUGUUGAAUCGGUUUAUUUCACUGCAAUCGUC